CCUGCAGCUCAAAGCCGCCGCUAGCCACAGCACCAUGUACCCCGGGAACAAGCGGAAAAAGCUCUGGCGGGAGGAGAAAGAACGUUUACUGAAGAUGACAUUGGAAGAGAGACGUAAGGAAUAUUUACGGGAUUAUGUACCCUUGAAAGAUAUUCCAACAUGGAAGGAAGAAAUGAAAAACAAAGCCCAAAGUGAUGAAGAGAACACCAAUGAAGCUUUCUUGAUGCAGAAAAGUCUUAGUGAAAAAGUCUCCCUAUACAGAGGUGAUAUCACAGUGCUUGAGAUUGAUGCCAUAGUUAAUGCUGGUAAGUUUUAUAAUACCUUUCAUGUCAUAUUUAGCUUCUUAGUUGUUGAGUGUUCUAAGAAACCUCUGGAAAACUCCAGAAUAAUGUGCAUGGGGGGAAAAAGUGCCCUUAGUUGA